UUACUCGUUUCGCUUUCGCAUUCCUGACCACACACGCGACAUGUAUCCUUCUUGACGAGCAGAUGGAACUCGCGCAAUGCACCCUUGUACGGCGAAUACCUCAUCGCUCGAUACUUUGCGCAGAUUUCCACCAUGAAUAACAAUUCUCCCGAAGCGACCGCGCAACCGGCGCAACCACAGAAGUUCUUGCGCUACAGAUCCGUGCGCAGAGCAGUUGCGAAAGAUCCUGAGCCUACAAGUGCUUCUCCUCCGCCGCCUUUGCCAAACGCUUCACAAACAUCCUUGACACGGUUACCGUCGAGGUACCAUCGGAGACCAAACCGGAGCACUGAAGCCCCUCCUUUACCUACGCCGUCGCAGAAUGUUGUUACACAAAAUCCCUCUUCCAGUCGAGCGGGUCAAGAGCCCUGGCGGGUACAGGAGAACCCAGCAGAAGUGCUUCCGGAUACUACGAGUCAGGAGAAGAAACUGAGUGGAAACCGCAAGAUGAUCAUCGGACAUGGUCACACACCAAUACACAGAGCGGAAAGAAGCAUAGACAAGACAGGGAUGCCGGGGUCGAGUACAGAACCACCAUCGCCUGAACAGCUCCGAAGGUCGCUGGAAGUUGCUCGGGAAGAAGCUCGACUGAUUCUUGAAGGCGAGUUCGAUCGCAUCCAGGCGUUGAAGCAGAAGGAGGUACAGCGACAGCAAGAGAAGCGAGAAGCCGCACUAGAAGCUCAAACGAGAGGAUCGCAACCUGUGGCCGGAGAUGGUCUGCCAGUGUCGGAAUCACAAAAACCAAAGCCACGUACUUUAGUCAUUGGCGGGUCGAGUGCCACCACAGAAGAAAGGAAACACAAGCGAGUCUUUUCUGCUCACACGAGGUCAAGCAGUACCGGGAAGAUUGGCGAGCAUCGCGACUCUGCUCCACUAGCCGCAGUACCCCAGUUCGAUGCUCCAGUAUCCGCAAUCAAUGCUGGUGAAAGAAGGGUCCGGAUCCAAUACAAGGGAUCAUUCAUUACUCUACCUAUCACACCUACUACCACGUGCAAAGACAUCUUAAGAUCCGCGGCAUCGUGUCUCUCAGAGCAUAUCGACACUCGGACAGCAGUACUUCUAGAGUCCUUCUCACAGCUCGGCUUGGAGAGACCUCUACGUAGGUAUGAGAGGAUUCGUGACGUGAUGAACUCAUGGGCCAACGACGAUGAAAACUGUCUUUGUAUCGUGGCUCAAUUGGAAUGUGCUGCACCAGGCCUACACGAAACAGAUGCUCCCAGACAACAGCCGCUUGGCACGACUGUUCAAAUGUAUUAUUCGCAACGACCAGGCAAAUGGGAGAAAAGAUGGUUGAGGUUGAAGGAAGAUGGACAGAUCACCAUCUCAAAAAAUGAGAAUGGCAUUGAUUGUACGAAUAUCUGUCAUCUUUCAGAUUUCGAUCUCUACACCCCGACGCCAAAACAACUAAAGCAGCUCAAACCACCGAGGAAGAUGUGCUUCGCAUUGAAGAGCCAAGAGAAAUCCUCCAUGUUCCUUGAUGGUGCCAACUUCGUCCACUUUUUUAGCACGAAGGAUCAGACUACGGCUGGGAAAUGGUACCAUGAAGUGCAAUCCUGGCGGAGCUGGUAUCUGUUCCACAUGAUCGGCGAAGGACAACAGAUUCGCGAAGUUCCUGCGACAGGCUUGCGUUCAGCAAAUCGACCAAGUACGGGCCGGAGUUCGAAAGAAUCGUCGUCUCAAGUGCUAAGAUUAUGCAAGCCGCUGCUUGAUGCUGGACCUUCGAAGUCGAGCACAGAGAUCAGUGCUCGAGCCGAUCGCGCAACUCUGAUUCGCCCGUCUCAGAGCGAUGUUCCCAGGCCCUUACUUGAUUUCGGUCCAGAGAAACCCAGCGUCAACAGCAAGAGUGGAAGUCCGAGGCAUUCGACAAGUCAGGGUCCGCCUCCAAGCGCAUAUCCCGGCAAAAUGACAAUUGAAUCGUCAACAAGAAGCCAUGCUGAAGAGAACCCCUUCACCGGCACUGGAUUACUUGCGCGCAGUGCUAGUCGUAAGUCACAAGGAGGAAGUCGGCCAGGUUGUGUCGUGGAUGGGAAGCCGCUCGUCGAUCUUCACCCGACCAGUGAAUUUACCGAUGGGAGCUUACUAAGGAAGAUGGAAUCCAUUGCUGCGCAACAGGGGAACAUGGAACCCAAGAUUAGCCGGCAGAAAGGAAGGGAAGUCAGUGUUUCGGUUGGGGAAGGCUUUGACUGAGACUUAGGUCACGAUGGAUGGACUACGAUAUAUCAUGAUUCAAAGGAAGAAUAUUUUCACGAUGGAGCCUUGUCUAAAAAGGAGGAGUGUAAACCCACUGCCAUGCCCGGAGUUCACUUGUCAACCAGUCACAUCUUGAGAGGAAAGACAUUUUGUCUUUGCCUCUACAGUACUCCGUACGGGGUUGAUUCAUUGGCGGCAGAUUUGACUCCUCAGUCUGGACUGUUCACUUUUCCACAUACCAAGCCAGGUCAUUUCCCUUCUGCAGCUCAUACUCCAAGAAUCCGUUGCCCAAGAAUCGAAAACGGUUCUUGUCUCUUGGCUCAAUGUCAAAGUCUUCGGCCCGGAGGUCCUGGAUAAGCCGCUUGAACAACAACGCGCUGCCAGCAAAGGUGGCCGUCACGCGCCCGUCGACGGUGUUGUUCUUGUACCAGCUCCGACACGACCCGGUCCAGGUUAACGUCUUGUGGAUCUGGUCCGAAUAGACAAUAAAAUCGUCCACGGCACUCUGCUUGGGCACGACGGCUUUGAUGUCCUCCGAGGCAAUCUUCCGGAUCCAUUUGAUCAUGUACUCGGCACUCCAUCCUAAACUCUCCAUCAGAGAGCCGUGGCCGAUUAAUGCGUUCGGGCCGGUGAACAUGAAGUAGUUGGGCAUGUCGGCCGACGCGAGUGACAAGUAGGACGAAGGCUCCUCGGCCCAUUUGUCUGCGAGACUCGCCGAGUUACGACCAACGACAGGGUACUGAGGGCGGUAGGAGACGUCGAAUCCGGUGGCACAAACAACUGAUUCGCUGUAUUAGCUUCCUGGCCUUGGCCUCUUAGGAGGUGUGUCGAAGAGGGGAACCUUACCAACAUCCACCUUAUAGGUCUUUCCGUCGGCGGUAAGGAUGCUGUCGGCAUCAAUCCUUGUGAUGGGGCUUUGAGUGAGCUCAACAUUGUCGCGCAAGAAGGAUUCCAGAUAACCUUCGCCCGGUGUGAUCCUCCGACAGCCUAGCUCCCACUUCGGAAUGAGUAGGUCGCAUAGUUCCGAGUUGUUCUCUAAUUUGCUCGUCAUCUGUCGACGGGCAAGGUCGUAAAUCUGCUGGUUGAGCUCCGAGCCCUUCACAAACUGCGCUGUCUGUUAGUGAUCCAAUACUAGCAUAGUUAGCCGUGGGCCGAUACCAU